UAACUUCAGAGUGUUUAGCAGCUGAUUUGGAUUCGUAAGUUGAGCGAAUGACACAUUGUUUUUUUAAUAAGGUUGUUGAACUUUUCCAACUUUUCCAAUUGGUAAGAUCUGAUAAGAGUACUUUGAAAGACAGUAUUUAAAAGUUUUACAUACUCAUGUAGGUGAAAGUGAUUCAUAGGCUUUAUACAUAACUGUUGUGAUAAGUGAAACGUUUUGAGGUUAGAAUUGAAAUUAAAGUUGUGCAAGUUUCGCGAUUGUUUAAAAAAUAUAUUAUAAAAUGGAAAAAAUGAAGCAGUCUGCGUGGUGGCUAUUUACACUAUUUGGAAUUCCUGUCACAUUUCCCUGGUUGCUGUAUUAUUUAUACAAUGUAAUGAUGUUUAAAAGAAGAAAAGCUCUCCUCAGUGGCAAGGUGGUUAUGAUAACCGGAGCGAGCUCAGGCUUAGGGGAAGCUUUGGCUCACAUUUACUACAGUUGUGGUUGUCGUUUAAUUUUAAUAUCGAGAAGAAGAGAUGAAUUGCAACGAGUUAAAGACACGCUAAUGAAUAUUCACUAUACAGUUCCGACACACCCUCCUGUGAUUCUACCACUAGAUUUGACUGAAAUUAAUUCCUUGAACUCGGAAGUAGAGAAGGUCUUAAAAAUACAUGGAAGAGUCGAUAUUCUCAUAAAUAAUGCUGGAAUUUCCUACAGAGGAGAAGUAGAAAAUACAAAUGUGGACGUCUAUAUCAAAGUGAUGCUCAUCAAUUAUUUCGCUCAAGUCGCUAUGACUAAGGCUGUCUUGCCAUCAAUGAUGGAACAGCGUUCUGGACACAUCAUUUGUAUAAGCAGCGUUCAAGGAAAAAUGGCAAUCCCAUAUAGAUCAGCAUACGCAGCUUCGAAACAUGCACUACAAGCUUGGAGCGAUUCUCUUAGAGCAGAAAUUUCUGAUAAAAAUAUCAAAGUUACAGUAAUAAGUCCAGGUUACAUUCAAACGUCUCUUUCUCUCAACGCAUUAACGGAAUGUGGACAAAAAUACGGAGUAAUGGACGAAGCAACACAGCAAGGCUAUCCGGCAGAAAAUGUAGCUGAAGAAGUAUUGAAAUCGAUGUUGAAUGGAAGCAAGGAUGUAACAAUUUCCACCUGUUCUCCAAAGAUCGCAAUUUUAAUUCGAACCCUAUUUCCUUCUUUUUAUUUCUGGAUUAUGGAAGUAAGAGCUAAAAAAUCGAGAGACAGUGCAUCUAAAAAAGAAUAGCUAUUCGAAUGUUUUGAAAUUUGUAUAUAAUUUAUACGGUACUAGUAUCUAGUGCUAAAACAAUUAAAAGAUUUUUUGUUAAAGGUUUGGAAUAGUCGACAAAUAGAAGAUAUUGUUGUUUGUACAUUUUAUAUUAGGUGGACUAGGGUAAUAUUUAUUUGACGAUAUUACAGAUAUAUGUAUGAGAAAUAAAAAAAAUCAUUCACGACCAAUA